GGGAGGAUCGCAACAGGAUCACUAAUUCUUCAUUUCGAAAGUCUCCAUCACGCAUUCUAAUUGCAACACGUGUUUCUUUUCUGUUAUGCAUCAGGUGAACCGAGAGAUUGUGACGAUGAGGGCAAAACUGAACACCAACUGACAUUUAAAGCGUGAAUGAAUUUUUGGUGGUUUUUUUUAUGUCCACUGAAUCAACAAAUCGGAUAUUAAUGAGGAAUGACAAGAUAUUUUUUGUCACUGCAAAUAAUAACACUGAAUACGAUUAUUUACAGUGGGUAAUCUGAUAAAACCAAGCCUGAAAAGACUUUGAAGUUACAUAAAAUGGCUGUUAAUUUAAAUCUAUACUUGUUUGUGAUCCGAAGUGUUCACUUUCUAGUUCUCUGUCAAAGUAACUAGGAGGUACUGAAUGUAUCCAGCAUGCAGACAGCGCGUUUAAGCAUUCAGGGGAGGGCGAAGUAAGUGAUGCUGAGCCAAUGGAGAUACUCGUGCGAAGAGCAUCUGUCCGAAACCCAAACUAACCGCUGGCAUAACGCUACUGUCUCCGGUGUGAGAAGCGCGUCGAGAUGAUAAUCUGACUGAAGUUUGAAGAAGCUCGCUCUUAUUCACUGACUUUUGGAGAUUCGCACGAGCAGGACAACAUAAGAAGGCAAUGCAGACAGGAGCUGAUGUUUAUCCCACGGAUCUACUGGACGGCACGUACCCGUGACGACAUCAUUUCCCACAAAUCCCGGGAGACUCUUCCUUAUAUGUGGAUUAAAGUCUACAGGAAGGAAACUAGAGCUUAAACAACUGGGAUUUUGUUCAUGUUCCUGACAUCAUCUGUAGGAAAUGAGACUUGGGCAUCGGUCUUUUCUUUCUACAUGGAUGAAAAGCAAAGGAAAGUCUUUUAAAAGCUGAUGGACAGGAUUAGUUUUACUUACAAAACUGGCCCUUUAUCUGUAAAUUCAAAGAAGAGCCUGACUGUGUCAUGUGAUAUGGACUAAUUGUACUCAGUCGGAGUGACCAGCAGCAGCACUUUGGCUCCAGAUGAAACUGAUGUUUUUCUGCAUAAUUCUUAGUCUGGAGCCGUUAGCCCUCCCGCACUGCGUGUCAUAGCAUGUGGCUCGGGCUCAACAUCCACAGCAUCUUAAUUACACAGCCGAACCGAUUUAGACCACGAAGGAAACAUCUCUACAUCUGGAGAUACGCUGGCGUUUAGAGGGAUGCGCAACGCUGGAGACUUCUGAUCUGCUUUCCUCACAUUUUUGGUUUUUUUUUAUCUGUGCGAUUACCUGUAGAAAGCCCAAGAGAUCCUGUUCUCUCUCACACAUGCACCUACGGCAGCCAUGAGGUAUGCACAGACACAUUUGGCAGGACAACAAAGAGGUGUUCCACGUGGAUAAAUUAGUUUCUUUCGUGUCGGGGUUACGCAUUCUUGCCAUAACUGCACGGCUCGUGGAAGACGACAGGAAGGACUUAAAAGGGCCUGAUGCACCUUUUAAGAGCAACAGCAAAAAUGAAUAAAUCAUCAAGAGGGAGUGAGGGCUAGUUCUUCACAGACUGUGCUGAAGGAAACACUUUACUCCCCCCACCUGCCGGCUCCGAGCGAGCAAGAGAGGUCUCUGGCAGACUGACAGUUGCAGCCUCUCCUGCUCUCUAGGCUGGUGGUUUGUUGAUGCAUUUACCUUGAUUUUUCGCACUCCUCUGCCCUCCCCCUCCGUGCCUGUGUCAUGCUCUGUUGCCGGCGUGCCGUCCUGGAGCCAUGCCCAUCCCUGAGAUGGCUUUGAGCCCGGUGAAGUCUCUGUACUGGGAGGUGUUCCCCUCCAUGGCUGCGCAGCGGGUGUACUGCACACCUGUGCUCUGGGCCGGGCGCCUCUACGUGCUGGGGGGCUGCAGUGAGAACGGCCUCCCUCUGGACUCCGCCGAGGUGCUGGAUCUAGAGAGCCAACGCUGGUGCGAGCUGCCCCCUCUCCCCACCGCUCGGGCCGGGGCGUCCGCCGUGGCCGUCGGAGACCAACUGAUGGUCAUGGGAGGCAUGGACGCGCAGCAGAGCCCGCUGGCCUCGGUGGAAGUGUAUCACCCCGAUGAGGGAAAGUGGGAGAGGAAGACAGGACUGGGGCAGCCCUCAAUGGGCAUCACCACGCUGGAGAAAGAUGGCAAGGUGUAUGCGUUGGGCGGGAUGGGAGCCGACACAACCCCUCAGGCCUCAGUGAGGCUGUAUGAGCCGACAAAAGACCAGUGGCUGCCCCUCACCUCCAUGCCCACCCCGCGCUACGGAGCCUUCUCCUUCCUGCGCGGUAACAAGAUCUAUGUGUUGGGUGGGCGACAGGGCAAGCUGCCAGUGACUGCAUUCGAGGCCUUCGACCUUGAGAUGAAGAGCUGGACACGGUACCCGUGCAUCCCCAGUCGCAGAGCGUUCUCCUCAUGCGCUGCCAGCGACAGGGCGUUUUUCAGCCUGGGGGGUCUUCAGCAGCCUGGACCCCACAACUUUUACUCCAGACCUCACUUCGUCUCCACUGUAGAGGAAUUUGAUUGUGAGCAGGGUGUGUGGUUGAAGGCCACGCGAAGCUGUCGCAUGAGAGAGAAGCGGGCGGACUUCGUAGCUGGAUGUCUCGGUGGACGGGUCAUCGCUGCGGGGGGACUCGGUAACCAGCCGUCCCCGCUGGCGUCAGUGGAGAGUUAUAACCAGCUGAAGAGGAGAUGGGAACCCGUGGCCCCGUUACCCAGCCCUCGCUGCUCCUGUGCCUCCAUUCAGACCCCCAACAUGCUGUUCCUCAUCGGAGGGGUGUCCCAGGGUCCCAGCAACGCCGUGGAAGCCCUCUGUUUGAAAGAGACCGUCUGACACACACAUACACACACACAAAUGAACAACUACACAAAUCCUCACAUGCUGUACUUUCCGCAGUGUAAGCUCUGCAAACACACACACAUGCGCAUACUGACGUCAAGCUGACGUGUGUGUGUGUAUCUGACAAAUAUUCACAGACUUUCCCCUCAGAGGACGUAUCAGCUUUAUAUUUUGAAUAGUGGAGACAAUCUACUGGAGCUUGGACAGCGUUCCACACCUCUGGACAGAAGAGUUUUGGACUGGAGAUCUAAGACAAGCAAAAAAUACAUAAAUAUAUUAUUCCCCUAACUAUAUUAAUUAUAUCAAUGUAAUAAUAAAUAUAUUUAUUACUAUAUAUAAUAUUAAUAAAUAUAGAUAGACGUGCAGACCUACACAGACAGGCACAUGCAGCACUCCAGGCGCCUUUGAACUGUACAGCAUUUUUCAGUAUCAAAGCAGGGUAAUUUUCUGGCAAACUAAAGAGGAACUUAGGGCCAUAUCCACCAAGCUGCCACAGCACCCGUCUGAGGUAGCAUGUUUAGCACUUUUUGUACUCUUGACAGAGGAUCUUCUGCGCGAGACUUCGGAAAUGGGAGGCGAAUGCAUGUACGUGUGUGUUUUUGUACCUUCACAGCCAUGCACGUGUGAAACUGAGCGUUGUUAUGCGUGGAAAGAGCAACUCUUAUAACGGCAAAUCACUGAUGCCUCACUGUAGCACGAGACAGGGGAGAUGGAGAACAUGGUUUAUCUAGACGGUUAAUUAAACGAGUGUUCUGGGUUCAAAACAGGUUGUAAUGUCAGUUAGCACAGAUAAUAAUUUCAAUGUAUCCUUAAAAACAAGCAAAAAUGUGUUUACAGUAAUGCAAUUGCAGUGGACAUUUAAAGGGCAAGGCAUGUAUUUUUUUUUAUAAAGUGAAUUGAAGUUAAUUAAUCUCUACAAAAAUCUGAUAUAGAAAUAUAUGAAAUAUUAUAUAAAAUGGUAAUUUUAUAUAAUGGUAAUUUUUAGGGGUUCAAGCGCGUAAUUGUUAGAACGAUCAACGUAAAACUGAUCAUGCAGACCAAACCGCAAGUCGCAGAGACUUGAAACUUGGAGGGAUGGCAGUACUCACACCGCCUACAACAUGACCAAGGCUCGCCCCAAUCGGCCAAACGGGGGCGCUACACUGAUCAAAAGUAUGAAAUCGCUCAUAACUCCUAAACUGUCAGUCACAGGCUCAAGUGUCUUAUGUUUUUGGAAUUCUUGGCUCACACCAGACAAAACGCAUGCCUCAGAUUUUAUCUUUUAGGUAAUUUUCUGAAUUUCGCAUUUCUUGAAAAAGCUACGUUUGCGAACUAGUCCUAGGUUUUAGGCCCAAUCGGAACCAAAACGAUGCAGAAAGAUUCUCUGGAGAGUGAAUAUCAGUCAUUAUCAAAAAGAAACAGUUGAACUUUCACCAUUUCACUGUCACAAAGGGGUGCCAAAAUGUUCAAAAGGGGCAGGGCCACUUUUAGUAAAUGCCUAUAACUCCUCAACGGAAUAAGAUAUCUCCGCCAAACACACUUCUGUAAAAUCUGAGGUCACAGGAAAAAAAUUGCGGAGUUUGGCCAGUUGAUGGCGCUACAAGAGGGAAAAAACUAAAUGGCUAUAACUGUGCAACCAUUUGUCUUCUCAACACGAAUAUUGGUGUGCAUGGUCUUGGUCCCAUUUAAAUAACAUGGCUGCCGUUGGCCGAAAAAAUCUGUCAGACAAGGUUAACGGAGGCUGAUCGGAACAAAAUUCAGGGGGCCUGUUCGACUCAUGGCCCCAAAGGCCUGAGAGAAAUUUGAAAGAAAACAGCCACUGGGGGACGAUAUCGCAUUUUUCAAGGGCCAAAACGAUUGUCUGUUGCGCAGUUUUCCACACAUAUAUGCAAUAUUCAUAUCGUACCGUAGAAUUUCUCAUUCUGGACAACUUUGAACCACCUCUAGAGCCACUGCUGUCAAUUAAAUUGUUUGUUAAAUGAUUGGGAAGAUGUAAAAAACCUACUUUUGCGAACUAGUCCUUGGUUUUUCACUAAAUCUGGAAAAAAACACUGCAGUACAAUUCUCUGGACUCUCUAGGCCAAUAAUUAUUAAAAAAAAAAUUGCCCUUUGGGAAGCUAUAAUGGGGUUGUUUAGAAAGGGUCCUGCACAAAUUUACCCAAAAUCCUAUAAAGCCUUAAGGAAAACUCAAAACUUCACAAAACCUGAUGAGUACAUGCAGCAGGUCAUUCUAAAUAAGCAUGCAGUGUUUUAAGGAGAUCGGACCAUACCUGGUGCAAUAACAGUCAUAAACAUUUAAAAACUUCAGAUUUCUAUGGUAAAUUACCUGGAUUUGCCAAAAAUGCUUUUUUAAUCAUUGAUUUAGGUGGGUGUUGAGAUAGUGAAGUCCAAUAAAGUGCAUCUAUCUAUCAUAAAAAAGCACUCCACAUAAAGUUCUUCUGAAGUGAAUCGAUGCGUUUGUGUAAGAAAAACAUCCAUGUUUAAAACUUUAUAAACCGUAAUUUGAAUUUUAAGCAGCCAUUACUCCAAUCUUCAGUGUCAUAUGAUCCUUCAGAAAUCAUUCUAAUAUGCUGAUUUACUGCUCAAAAACAUUUAUUAUUAUUUUCAAUGUUAAAAAAAAGUUUUACUGCUUAAAAUUUUUGUGGAAUUUUUUUUUUUUUUAGGAUCCUUUUUAAGAAUAGAAAGUUUAAAAAACAGCAUGCAUUUCAGAAAGAAAUCUUUAGAAGUUACUUUCAUUAAAAUUAAACUUUUAUUAAAGUAAAUUACUGUAAUUUUUGAUCAGUUUAAUGCAUCCUUACUGAAAAAAAGGAUUUUUUUCUUAGUGCUGUCAAACGAUUUAUCGUGAUUAAUCACAUCCAAAAAAAGUUUUUGUUUACAUAAUAUAUGUGUGUGUACUGUGUAUAUUUAUUAUGUAUAUAUAAAUACACAAUACACACACAGACAGUGUAUAUUUUGAAAAUACUGCAUUUAUAUGUAUAUAUUUAUAUUCAUAUAUAAAUAUAUAAAUAUAUUUAAUAUAUAAACAUAACAUAUUUUUCCUAAAUAUAUACAUGCAUGUGUGUUUAUUUAUAUAUACAUAAUAAAUAUACACAGUACACACACAUGUAGACAAAAGCUUUUAUUUUGGAUACGAUUAAUCGCGAUUAAUCGCUUGACGGCACAAUUUUUUAUUUUUAUUAGUAGUAGUAGUAGUAUCAAUUUUACUGACCCCAAACCCAAAAAUAAAUAUAAAUAAUGUUGUAUUUGUAUUUUUAAAAGGAUUUUUGUCAAAUCAAAAAACACAUGUAUGAGUUGGUCUGUUUUUCAAAACACCUGCUUUAAGUGGUUAUCUUAGAAGUUGAAAUAUUCAGUAUAACGUUUACAUUUUCGUAGUCUCAUGUUAGCAUCAAUAUAGUUCAUUUUUGUGGUUACACUUUCAAAAAAAAAUAGAAACUAUAGUGUACUGCCCUGCCUAAUAGACUGACCUCUAUAUGUCCAUUACUGUAAAUAUAUAGGCUAUUGUAUUUGUUUAAUUAUUUUCUGUGCUAAUAGAACUUGUAUAGAAUCCAAAACAUUCCUUUAAUACUAAUGAAGUUUGGAUAAUGUCGUACAAGGUGUGUUUUUCUUCUGGAGUGUAUGCGGAAAGCCUUGACACUAAAUUAUCAGACACUACAAUUUUAUAAAUUCUUAAUAAAUCAGCUGAGCACAUUUCUAAGAUCGCUCAACACAUUAAACACAGGAAAUGUGUUCACAGCUCGAGUUCACAUUCAUAUUUAAUCAGAAGUUGUUUCUUCAGGGUAUAAGCUAAUUAAAUCUAGUCAAUGUAGUUGCGAUUCACGGCUCACUUUAACUGUUUCUGAGUGACCCAUUUAUAGGGCGAGAGAUGAACGCUCUCAGGGGACGUGGAGGAGGACAGAGGGCUCACUCCCUGUAAUAUUUGAUGAGAUAAACCCCUUGACAUAGACCUCAUACGCCUCAUUUUUGCUUCACCGGUGCCCUGUGAGAGUCUCACAUUGCCCCCACUGAUGAUUUGACAAGGGUAUCGGGUCACUGAGCUCAUUUAGCAUGCCGAAAACAGAACUCAUGCAUGUCAGGAAUCCACAAUGCUUUCUGACAGGUCUGAAUGCACUGAAUUCAGGUGCAUCUUUGCUAUGAGAGGUCAGUAUGGGUUUGAUUUAUCUGGUCUGCGUGUGUUUGUAUAAAUAUGUGCGCCCACACACCGAUUAACAUCACGUUCUGGUCUCAGGCGGUUUGCUGACCUGUUGUUAUUGGGCGAUAUGUGGCCCGAGGGCAUAAUAAGAUGCUCAUACAUAUUCAUACUGACCGUUGUUUGAGUGCAAAUGACUGUUUGUGUGUUUUUGGUUGGGAUGGUGAGGAUUGAAUGUCAGCUUGGUUUACAUCCAACAUUAAAAUGCCUCUUAGAAACAUUAAAAUCAAAGGAAGAACAAAUACAAUCCUUAUACUUGUUUUAGAUUUACGCCUACACCAUGACUGUGAUGCUGUGCUGGCAGAUGGCGAUCAUGUGAAUCUUUAUUUUAUUUUUUUAAGGGGAAAUAGAUAUAUUUCUGCCUGCAUGAAGCCAUCCUGCUUGCAGACAACUGCAGAAUGGAGGAUAUGUGACAACACAAAAUAUUUUAUAAUUUUUAUUUUAUUUUAUUUUAUUUUAUUUUAUUUUAUUAUUUUAUUUUAUUUUUAUUUUUAUUUUAGAGGUUCAAAUUUUAUAUAAUUGUUAAUUAUUUUUAUUUAUUUUUAUUUUUUUUUUUCUCUCAUUAAUGUGGGUUUUUAAUUUUUAUUUACUUUGCUUUAUGUGAGGUUAAAUGUAACAGAGAGUCAAAUUUUAUAUAAUUUUUAUUUUAUUUUAUUCUUUUUUAUUUUAUUUUAUUUUAAUAUUUUUAUAUUUUUAUUUUAUUUUUGGUCUCAUUAAUAUAAGUUCUGCUGCAGGCUAACUGAAAUAGCGAGGGUCAAAUUUUAUAUAAUUUUUAUUUUGUUCUUUUUUGUUUUAUUUUAUUUUUGGUCUCAUUAAUGUAGUUUCUGCUGCAGGCUAACUGAAAUAGCAAGUUAAUUUUCAUUUUGUUUUAUGUGAGGUUAAAUGUCACAGAGGGUCAAAUUUUAUAUACAUUUUAAUUUAUUAUUUUAUUUAGUUUUGUUUUAUUAUUUUAUUUUAUUUUAUUUUAUUUUAUUUUUGGUCUCAUUAAUGUGGGUUCUGCUGCAGGCUAACAGAAAUAGUGAGUUCAUUUUCACUUUGCUUUAUGUGAGGUUAAAUGUCACAGAGGUUUAAAUUUGAAACACCCUCCAGCACAGCAGGAGACGACAACGUGUGAAUAGAUGAUCUGAGGAAAAGAGAUAAUGCCGAGAGUAAUAUACCUCUUUUUUUUCUUGUCUACGAAUUCUGCAACAAGACACAUGACUCAUCUUGGCAGAGUAUUUUUCGCUUUCGUUCGAGUCUCAUUUCUGCUGCCUCUACGAAAUGAAAAAGCUGAACUUCUUUACGCUCAAGAAAAAAUGUCUCAAGAUGUUAAACAGGCUGUUUUCUGAAUUCAUUUGACCAUGAUCUGAGCACUGGCGAACGUGGGUGAAGUGAGCUCAUAUUUUCAUAUCUAGAGGUGCGAAAUGUUUUACUCGAUUUAUUUAUUUUCAGAGGUGUCGUUCAGACCUCUCCACAGUGCUUUAUAUUACUUUAGGGAAUUCAGAUCAUUGGACUCCAGGCUUUUUUUUAAUAUAUGAACAUGUUCAAAUGCAUUUCGUCUUUUACCCUUAUUUGUAUGUAAAUCACUUUGGGGUAAACACAGUGUAUGAUCACCUAAACUCUUAAGUAGCAGUUGUUUUGCAGUGGUUUUUCAUGUUUCUCCAUGUUCUGAAUAUUCUCUGUGGUGGGUUGUUGAACUAAAUGCAGUUUCUUCAGUGUUUCGUGGGUUAACCUGUUCGUUUUGUUGCUUUGUGAGGUGACAGGUUGUCAUGUUGACCCGUAAUCUGAGGAGCUGUUGAGAUGGUCUGUUGUUUUUUUAUGAUGUUGUGCCGUCAUGUAGUGGUGUAUUAGUGGUAGCUGAUGGCCUCUGACAGUCUUCAACACGCAGUGCCGAUACUUCUGGCCGCAUUUCGGCUUCUGACUCAUAAACUCCAUACGAAAAUCAAUCAAAAUCUACAUUAUCUCACUGCAUAAUCUCUAAUCUAAACAGAUAAGUCUUGGUCUUAGCCCUGAGCAGAAAAUGCAGUUUUAGUUCAUGUUUUUCCACUUCUGAAAUAUUGCCAUGGAGGAUUGUUUCACACUGAGGUAGAUGAGCAGAGACACACGGUCGGCCCAGGGGAAUUCGCGAUGUCCCAUGAGAUUACACUGCACCCAUCCACGCAGCGAAAGCUGUUUUACCCUCCAGCGUACUGUUGUCGACCACGCACUGAAUCAACCUCUGUUCUUACACUUUGAAAAACAGGUAACUGUUAUCCACGUUUAUUCUGUGAAGAACUGUGGGACUAUAGAUUUGAUGUUGUAUGAGCACUGUAGACAUGAACCUGUGUGAGUUGGGACAUUUAUUCAUAACUAGGAUAUUGAUGGCUAUUGAUUGAAGCUUUAUGUAAAAUGUUUCUUGAAAGAUAUAUCAUUUGCCUGUCUUAAAUGGACAGUUCACCCAAAAAUUUCAAUUCUGGCAUCAUUUACUCACCCUCACGUCAUUUAAAUUUGUAUAACUGACUGAAAAACUUUUUUUUGGCUAUACAAUGAAAGUCAGUGUGGUCCAAAACGUUCAUUGUAUAAAAAAAAAAAAAAAAAAAAAAAAACAGAAGAAAAAAACAUUUUUUGGCACAAAAUUCUGAAGAUUUGGAAUGAUAUGAGGAUAUGAGGCUGAUAAUGAUGACAUAAUUUUCAUUUUUGAUUGAACUAUCCCAUUAAAGGUGCUGUAAGUGCUCGCCUUUCACUAUUUUGCUCAUUUCAACCUCAAAACCCACUGUUCAAAGACACAAACGUGCAAAAUGAUUGACACAGAGUGUUCCUGAUUGGCUAAAAUAGCACUGACCCCACCCCUUGAAUGUUUAAUUGUGUUUUUGUUUACAGAUUCUAGCGCUGUCACAGAGACAGGUGUGAUUUCUCAGGACACCUAUUUCAGUGAUAUCUGUCUGAUUAGAGUUACAUUUAUGUGUGGUAUUCCCGAAUUCCCAGCUGCUUACAGCACCUUUAUUAAUGUCGUCAGGAUGAAGAGUAGUUAGAAAGCAAUAUAUAAACUGCACAGAAUAUCAAUGAAAUCUCUGGCACCGGUUAAAUCCCCCAUUGUAUGUUAAAGCAGAGAUUGGAGCUGCAUAUCACAUAGAGAACUUCACUUGAAACUUACAGAUGGGUUAACAUGGUCUGGAUUUAAUCUGAAUUGUGUUGAACCGUGUUGACACACAAUUGCGAGUCCAGUUCAGUAGUUCAGUGCCUAUAUAUGUGAGGUAGUGCCUCUACUGCGAUUUCUGUAAUAAACUAUUUGAACAUUUC